AUGUUUGAACACGCCAACACAGAUAUGAUAUCUGUGUGGCUGAUGCAGGAAGGAGGGUCCGGUCAACUGAGAGUGACAGUCAUCAGCUUGUUCUUCUCCUCUGUGUCAGCCAAUCACCACCUCAGCAAAGUGUUGAUGAAGAAAAUAAAACCUACUGCCCAGCGUCAAGCUUCCUGUCCUCCUGAAUGGACUCAGUUUGGCUCUCGCUGUUUCUCUUUCUACAGCGAGACAAAGACCUGGAUCGAUGCAGAGACCUUCUGCCAGACCGCUGGUGGGCAUCUGGCUUCCAUCCACUCAGAUGAGGAAAAUACAUUCCUCAAAGACUACAUUAACCAAGUGACCGGUGCAAACACACAAGCCUGGAUCGGAGGCAGUGACGCAGUGCAGGUGUUUACGUGGUUGUGGACUGAUGGAUCCAACUUCGACUACACAAGCUGGGCUGCGGGGGAGCCUGACGAUGCCGGUGGAAAGGAGAAAUGUCUUGAGAUGAACUGGAAUGGAGAACAGCGUGUAACUCUAAGGCGCCAUCAUGAUGCCUCUCCAGCUCAUCUAUAA